GGCUUGAAAACUUGUUAAAAGCUCUCCCAGUGUUUCAAGUUAGAAAAAAACUUUUUUUACGAGGUAUCAGCACUUUUCUUUCAUUAGUGGGGAAGGAAGGAUGAAAAAUACAAACCAGCAGUAGACUUUUAAAGUUUAAAUAGACAAGUCUGAGAGUCUGAACUUCUCUUCCAUUUUACGUUUACCCUCCAAAGAGGCACUUGUUCGCCUGCUUCACUGCUGAUCAGCAAGGCAAGCAUCCAGUGAAGAUGGGUGACUGGAGUGCCCUAGGAAAACUUCUUGACAAAGUUCAAGCCUAUUCUACUGCAGGAGGGAAAGUAUGGCUCUCUGUCCUCUUCAUUUUCCGAAUCUUGUUGCUGGGGACAGCAGUUGAAUCUGCCUGGGGAGAUGAGCAGUCUGCUUUUCGGUGUAACACUCAGCAACCCGGUUGUGAAAAUGUCUGCUAUGACAAGUCCUUUCCCAUCUCCCAUGUCCGCUUCUGGGUUCUGCAGAUAAUAUUUGUGUCUGUGCCUACCCUCUUGUAUCUGGCACACGUAUUCUAUGUGAUGCGGAAAGAAGAGAAACUAAGCAAGAGAGAAGAAGAGCUUAAGGUUGUCCGAAAUGAUGGUGGGAAUGUGGAAAUGCACCUAAAACAAAUAGAAAUGAAGAAAUUCAAGUAUGGGAUUGAAGAGCAUGGCAAAGUUAAAAUGCGUGGGGGACUGCUCCGUACUUAUGUCAUCAGCAUCCUCUUUAAAUCUGUCUUUGAAGUGGCCUUCUUGCUGAUACAAUGGUAUGUCUAUGGGUUUAGCCUGAAUGCCAUUUACACCUGUGAGCGAGAUCCAUGCCCCCACAGAGUAGACUGCUUCCUUUCCCGUCCAACCGAGAAAACCAUCUUCAUUAUCUUCAUGCUGGUAGUGUCUUUAGUAUCACUUGCCUUGAACAUCAUUGAGCUUUUCUAUGUAUUCUUCAAGGGCGUCAAGGAUCGUGUGAAAGGAAAACCUGAUCCUUACUCUCCCACCAGUACCAUGAGUCCCUCCAAGGAGUGUGGAUCCCCAAAGUAUGCGUAUUUCAAUGGCUGUUCCUCACCAACUGCUCCCUUGUCACCCAUGUCUCCCCCAGGGUACAAGCUUGUUACUGGAGAAAGGAAUAAUUCUUCCUGUCGUAACUACAACAAGCAGGCCAGUGAACAAAACUGGGCAAAUUACAGUGCAGAGCAGAAUAGGAUGGGACAGGCUGGCAGCACCAUCUCCAACUCUCAUGCCCAGCCCUUCGACUUCCCUGAUGAUCAUCAGAACACUAAAAAACUGACAUCUGGGCAUGAGCUGCAGCCUCUCACCACUGUGGACCAAAGGCCACCUAGCAGAGCCAGCAGCAGAGCCAGUAGCAGGCCUAGACCUGAUGACCUGGAGAUCUAAGCUUCCUAGCUGCAGUACUUCUCAACUAUGAAAUGAUAUGCAUUGGAAGAUGCAUGCAGUAUUCAUUUUGUUCCAGUGGAGGUGGUACUUAACAAGUCUCAACCAGGAGAUUUUAACAAACAUAAAAAAACUUUCAAAAUACUUGCUGUUUUCUGGGGAAGUGGGGUUGGUGUGGGGUGGUACAGUACCUUAGUAUUUAAAGUAGCUGAUUUAAAGAAUUUAAAUGCUUAAAAAAGACCAAAAAAAAAGUAAACAAGUUGUAGCCCAUACUAAGGUAGGAUUUUUUGUUGUUUCCCCCCCCACCCCAAAAACAGCUGUAAAUAUCUGUGUGUGCGUGUGUGUAUGCGUUUGUAUGUAUAACAUGUUUAUUUCUAAAGAGUCUUCUGUUAUACUAACACAAGUUGGUAUCAUGUUUGUUGGGAUGAAAUGCUGCCUGAAGAUGAAAACAUUUUUUCCUGUUGAACAAAUGUAAGACCCGGGAUUGUCUUUGGAUCAUUUCCCCAUCAAGAACAUUCCAUUAUUAAAAUUUGCACUUGGUAGGUUAACUUCUCGGUAUAGCUGUCUAGGUGUUUUUAAAAGACUCAUGCAAGGAUAAUCUACAUUCUUUGAAACAAUCAACUAAGAUUUCAAACAGGCCCACCAAAAAUCCUUUGGUCAGAUGCUUCUCAAUCCUUCAAACAGGUAGAUUUUGUUGUGUGUGUAGACUGGAUGUUCUUCAUAUCCACAUACAUAUUCCUAUAGUAUCAUCCACAUUCUGCUUCCUACAGCAAUAUUCACUUUCUGCUACUCACAUAAAAGUGCAUUUAGCACGAGGAGGAAAUAAACAAACAAACCAGUUUACUGCCACUUGCAGAUUUAAGAGUUGAAGUCAGAUAAUCAGAUCACUUGUGGUUAACUCUAUCACACAUUGUGUAUUUGGGGUGUCUUUGAAUUAUGUAUGUGGGAGAGCUUAGGGCGGUACACAGAUAUAUGAUGCAUACUUGCAAGCAUACAUUGAGGAACACACACAGAGGACACACUUACAGUUUUCCAAUUUUUUCAUGGAACUUGUGAAGGUAUGGGCCACUAUGGUGUUUACAUUAUCUAUUUCCAGCAGUGCAAGAAAGCACAUCAGAGGGUUUUUUGUUGUUGUUCCAUAUCAUAUUUUUCAUGUAUCUUCUGAUGGAUACUAUUAUUUUGUUAAAUAUGGAUAACACUUUUUUUAAAGAGUUGAAUCCUGGCCGUCUUGCUCUGAAAAAAUUCCCACUGAAACUUAAUGGAAGUUUUUCCUGAACAAUGACUGUAGGAUCAAAUCCAAAAAGUAGCAAUGAUGCUCUUGCUGGCAUGAAUAACUUUCCUUUGUAGAAAUUAGGAAUGGAAAAGACCAUUAGGUGAUCUAGCUGAUCUCCCUGAUAUGUAAUAAUUGAUGCUUGAAUUAUAGAAGUUGUAGUACUGUAAGCAAGCUUUAGUCUUUAAUGUGAGAAAAUUAGAAAAUGCUUUGAGCUCAAUUAAUUAUAAAAUAUGCCUACAUUAAUUUUGCAGUAACUGGUAUUUUUCUUUAACUACAUGUCCAUGUUUACUCAAUUAUAGUAUUACGGUCCAAUCCAAUUUUGACAGUUAAAUCUUUCUGGAUGCCUUCAGCAUUUUCCAUGUUUGCACUUAGAUUAUGUUUGGAAUGCAAGUGAAGCUGAAAGGGUUUUUCAAGAAUACAAUAUUAACUAAUUUAUUUGAAAGGUAUGCUAAAGAAAUCUACCCGUUUCUUCAGCCACAUUGCCUCUUAGUUCAACACAGGUCAACCAAGAAAAUACAUACCUUGGUUUCAUUUUACAACACCACAGAUUAAUGGUUUCAUAUAAUACAGUACUUUAAUUUGUUUGACAUUCCAUGUUAAAUUACUGUCAUGCAUGCAGCCAUAGUCCAUCAGAUCAUGUUGUCUGGAGAGCAGUAGUCAAUAAAGUUUUAAUUUAGUAUAAA